AUGAGAAAUUCUAAGGCCACUAAACGGCGUCGGGGUUUAACUAGAGAAUGUUAUGGUGCAAAACUUGCUGUUGUGAAAAAAGGUGAAAUGUUUGUUGUAUCAGAAUUUGUCGAGGGUCAUAACCAUGAGCUUACAAUGCCAAAAAAGGUGCAUUUGUUAAAAUCUCAUCGCCGAGUAUCAGCCGCACAAAAAGUUUUAACGCGACAAUUAUCUACUGCUAAUGUGUCAACUUGCCAACAAAUGAGUAUUUUUAAGUUGCAAGUGGGGGGUAUUGAAUAUGUUGGAUUUUUACCACGAGAUCUUUACAAUGAUAAAAGAGAUAGGAAGAAUGUAGUACAUGGUCAUGACGCGAACAUGUUGUAUGAGCAUUUCGAGAUGGAACAACAAAAGAAUCCGAGCUUUAGGUUCACAUUCGAGAGAGAUGACAAGGAUAGAAUGACUCAUUAUUUUUGGGCGGAUGCAACCUCUAGAAAGUCAUAUCAAUAUUUUGGAGACGUGGUAGUGUUUGAUAUUACGUACUACGCAAAUAAAUAUUCCUUGAUAUUUGCACCUAUAUUGGGGGUCAACCACCAUAAACAGACAACACUUCUCGGGUAUGCGUUCUUGAAUGACAAAAAAAUUGAUUCGUUUAUGUGGCUUUUCAAUGAAUGGUUAAAAGCGAUGCCAGAAAAAUUGGGUACACUGUCAUAUAAGGAACAUUAUGAUAAGUUCAAGAAUUGUAUAUGGCAUUCUGAAACACCUGGAGAGUUUGAUGCAAGAUGGGCAACUAUUGUAGGAAACUCUAAGUUGUCUACUAGUAAAUGGUUGCAGGACAUGUAUGAAAUUCGUGAUAGAUGGGUUCCCGCAUAUACGAAUCACAUGUUUCUGCCCACAUGA